GCUAUAAAUAAACAUUGCUUAGUCAAAUGACACGAGAUCAGAAAUUUGCAGUUCAUCACCAGAGUCCGAACCGGAUGGCAACACGUGAGCUGAACAUCAUUGCCAACGGUGUAACGCCGCGAGAAAUAAUUGAUCGAAUCCUGGAGGAUGGUCCCAUCGAAGAGUCCAUUCAUGUCCUGGAUUUGGAUGAUGUCGUGCGCAAGCAUCGCAUCUGGGUGGAGCAAAUGCCUCAGGUGAAACCAUUUUACGCGAUAAAGUGUCACGACGAUCCGAUCAUAAUCGAAACGCUGAUGAAGCUGGGAACGGGCUUCGACUGUGCCAGCAAGGGUGAGAUUAUGAAGGCCAUCCAGCUUGGGGUGCACCCGGAGAGUAUAAUUUUUGCACAGCCUGCGAAAUCGGUAGAAUCAAUAGCGUAUGCCAAAGCGCAUGGUGUCAAUUUGAUGACAUUCGAUGGACAGCAUGAACUGGACAAGAUAAGCUCACACUUCCCAGAAGCGUCAUUAGUGUUGCGGUUCCGAUACGAUUCGGACCAGGUGUUCGUACCACUUGGCCGAAAAUUUGGCUGCGAUCCUCAGACGGAAGCUCCAGAUCUACUGCAGCAUGCAAAAAAGUUGAACUUGAAAGUGACUGGCUUGAGCUUCCACAUUGGAUCUGGUUGUGAUGAUGCAAACUGCUACGAAAAAGCUAUUGAAACAGCCCGGCAAAUAUUCGAUCAUGCCAAGUUGACUGGUCAUAACAUAACGCUUUUAGACGUUGGUGGUGGGUUCCCCGGUGCUAAGGGAAAACCAAUCGAUUCUUAUGCAGAACGCAUUAAUUCAGCAAUCAUGAAAUGUUUUGGGGAUCAAGAUGACAUGCAGUUUAUCGCAGAACCGGGACGGUAUUACGUGGCUUCAGCAGUCUCAAUAAUCACCAACGUAAUAGCUAAAAGGGUCACGACAGAAUCCAACGGCAAAAAGGUACUGUUUUACUACGUAAACGACGGAAUCUUCGGAUCGUUCUACAGCGCUGGUCACGAACAACAGAUAGUGUAUCCCGUGGUUCAGAAGCAAAGCAAUCAGAAAUUGACGUCUUGGAUAUGGGGUCCAUCUUGUGACCCGUUAGAUUUGAUUGCCAGAGACAUAUUUCUUCCCGAAUUGGAUAUCGGGGAUUUUAUAGUGUUUGAAAAUGGUGGUGCUUAUUCGCUUGUGCUGGCAAACCGAUUUAAUGGAUUUCCUCUGCCGAAGGUUAAGAUAUUUGUCUCGCAGGAUAUAUGGCAAAGCUUGCAUAAUCCACUGAAAGGUUCAGAAUCAAAAUGAGAUGAAUUACUGUGAAUUAUGUAGUUUUUUUUCUUUCAUUUAAAAUGCUUAUCAGAAUGCUAUUGGCCUGGCAAAGAAAUAUUCAAUAUUAUAAACAAAUAAACGAACGUUGCAGUUGA